AUGCAUACCCCAACUUCCCUUGAGGCCUUCGAGCACAAGGAGGCUAUUGAGAUGCACAGCUUUAAUCCUGCCAUCAGUCUCACCCGGGGUCUCCCUCAAGGCAUUGAUGCCGACAUCCUGCUGCUCGGGGUCAAAGACGUUCGCGAUAUCCUUUACACAGUCUAUGCCAACAAUGGCUUCCCUGAGCGCAAAAUUGACAUCACCGUGUCCCGCGACAUCACCCUCUACACCAUCCUCCUUGACAAUGACGAAACCGUCUCAUUCGACCGCAUUUGGGAUCUCUACUACAACCUCUACAUUGCCAGCACUGACCUAGACUACUACGAGUCCCACGUCACCAAGCUGAUCACCCUCUCCAGUUCACCCUCAUCCUGGCAAGCUGGCCCGUACGCCUCAACCAUUCGCUUCUGUGACGAAGCAUCGCUCAAGCUCCUCAAUAAAGUCUGGCGAGACGCCGUCCAGAUCUCUGUCAACAGGAAGUCCUCCCAAGAAUGGUUCCAGAAGGGCCUGCAGGAGGCAAACGCCCAACCGAACCCGUGGAAGGGCGCCAGAAGAGUUGGCUGGCGAUCUCUCGCUCCGCUGUAUUCGCGUACCGCGGGCAAGAUGCUGCUUGAGCUAACGGAACAGCACUGGGGCACGGGGAGGUCGUUCCCUAGGUCUGAUGACGACACGAGCGAGCUGUUUCCCAAUCCGAGUUUUGGUGUCGCUAUUCGGAGGCCGAGUUUGUUGACGUACCCAACGGAUCCCCUGCUGAGCUUCCAUCUCGCUGCUGCUAUUGCCAGGUUGCAUGAUGGGUCACCUCUGAAGCUGGAUGACAGAGAUGGGGAGGAUAAUCACCAGAAGAGGAUGUACGAAGUGGCGAGGCUGCAGUUUAAGGAGUGGAUCGAGGCGUUUAGGCUGGCGAGGGACAAGGUGACGCUGAGGUUUGAGGUCGCGGAUUGUUUUGCGUUCUGCUAUACGCUCAGGCAUGCGGAUGAGACGGGGGAAAGGUGUGCGCAUUGGUAUCGGGCCCGGGUUGGCGUUGAGCCGCUUGUUCUGGGGGAGGAGUACGGCAGUGAUGGUACCGCGCCGAAGAAGUUUGAUGUUGUUGACACAGCUACUCGGUCCGAUCAGGCGGGCAUCCUUAACCUGCUGGUGGCUGCCAAGCCGCUGCUGAAGGACGCCCCGUCGUCGACCCUCUACACCGAUACCGCCCACGCCAUCCAGGAUAUGGGCAAGUACGAGGAGCUUCUCCUCGGCCGGACGACUACCCUCUCAACCCUCCUCGGCCUGUACCCGAUCACCGGUCUAACAGCCUCCAAGCCGUUGAACGCCGUCGACGAGAUUCUCACAGCCUGGCAAGAUCCGGCCCCCACCCCACAAGAAGGCCAGCCCGAGGCGGUCGGUACCGAAGAAAAGAAGGAGUCCGCUACCCACAAGAGCUACGGCUUCCGGCUCGCCUGGAAACUCGCCGACCGCAUGGUCUGGCACGGGCAGGACCUGCCUGGCAGUCUCGAGGUUAAGGAAGAUGAUCUGCUUGUGUUGGCUAACAAGCUGUACUUUGAUCUCUUCGAGUACCCGCACAAGGUGAACCAGCUGCCUGAAGAGGCAGAGCAGGUUGCGCACUUGAAGAAGGGCAAGCGCAUGCAGUACCAUGCCGGCUCGUUCGCGGCUAUCUUGACUGCGCUGUGCAAGCAUACCCAAGUUGAUCCGUACUCGUUGGUGUCCAAGCUCGAGACGAGGAUCAACGGGUACUGGGCGACGGUUGCCGGGCUGUAUGAGAAUAACGUGCAGCAGUUGCUUGCGGAGUUCCUGCUUACUAUGCCUGCCGAGGUGAGGCAGACGCCGAUAAACAGGCCGAGCUGGAUGGGCUUGUACAGCUGGAAGGACGUCCCGCCCGUCGUGGCAGUUACGAUUGCCAUCCCGUGGGAGCACUGGAGUGCGGUGAUGAACAGGACGAGGAUUGGGGAUCUGGCGGUGAUGAACGGCUAUGUGGCUUUCCCGCAUAAGGAUAAGGUUAUUGAGAAAAGGGUCUACUGCGAUAUUCAGAUCGCGUUUGGCGAGCCCGUCACGCAGGGAAAGCCGGACGAGGAUGACUUUGCCAUUGCGAUUGACGAGCAGAACGACCAGGAGGCGAAAUGCCCCAUGAUUGUCACGUUCAACGCCCUGACGGAAGAUUUCCGGAGUGAUGGCUACGUCGGCUUCCGCUGCAAGCGCACCCGGCACAACACGGAUGGCUCGGAGGAGGAGACGCAGAACAGGUUCUACGAGUACCGCGUUCCUAUCAUCUCUCCCAACGUCCACGUGUCGAAGUUCCGGCCGGGCCAGACAGGCCACAAGAUCAACGAGACUCACCUCCAGGGCUGGGCCGCCCGAGCCACGGCGCUGGAAACCCCCUCGCCAGAUGCCAGCUUCCCGGUCACCUUCGACGACAAGUCCGAGAACAUCACCAUGCUCACGGGCCACUUAAGCAUCACCUCCGACAAGGGCAAAGAGCUCCUCGCGGCCAAGGUCCCCAUCGUCCUGCAACAAUUCGACCCUUUCACUAUCAACAUCGCCUUCGGCAAAGCCAAGAUUAAGAAAGACCUCAUCCUGCCCCUCACCUUCCCCGCUCCCGUCACAAAGGAAGGCAGCAAGACCCGCAUCGCCCGCACCUCAGGCUACAUCGAGAUCGACGCGCCGAUGGUCAAGACUAUGGAGCCCGUUCUGGAUGAUUAUAUCCUGCCCACCACACUCUACAAACAGCCCUCCACGGACAGCAUCACCCCCGUCACCCUCAACACCCCCCACAUCAACCUCGAUACCCUGCCCAUCCUCGCCCUAGACGACAAGUCCCGCAUCCGCUUUCUCACCACCCUCACCUCGCUCACCUUCUCCUCGCGUGACAGACAGCUCCGCGAAGAAAUACGCCGCGCGCAAGACGCCAAGAAGCAGCUUGACACCCCGCCCCCGGCGCGCCUAAAUAUCAAGGAGUCGCUGUUUACAAUGUUCAUGCUCGCUUCCGGUCUACAAGGCGGACAGACGGGUCUGUUCACACUUACACACCCCAAGCGUGGAGGGAACCACAUGCUUUUCUUGGUGUCUGCUAUCAGGCUGGAUCCGGCGCAUGGCAGUGUGGUGCUGGAUGCAGCCGUCCUGCCUGUGACGACGGACUUGAUCAGCGAGCAUCGGAUCGACGAGUUUUUGGUCACGCUGCGGGCUGUGGAAAGUUGUACGUUGACGGUGGAUGAUGCUGAGUUAGAGGCGUGGAAGAAGAUGCUGCCUGCGCUGGCGGAGCGGUGUCGGACGUGGGAGCAUGAUAGGGAGAAGUGUGAGUAUAUCAAGACGGGGAAUGUGCCUAUCAGUUUGAAGGAUGGUGAUCCCGUGCUGUGCAGCUGUGGGAUGGGUAAACUGCCAGAGGGGUUUAGCCCGCUACCGCUGUGGGACGACGGGCCGAGUAAGUACGCAACUAGAAUUGCGAUUAGCCCCGUGUAUGCGACUGCGCUUGUGGAGAAGGUGGUCGAUCCGCUGUUGACGGUGGAGGGACUUCAGAGGGAGGAGAGAAAGAAGGCAAAGCAGAAGAGAGAGUGGGAGGAGGAAGAGGAGCGGAAGGAAAAGGAGGCGAAGGGGGAGAAGGACAAGGAUGGGGACGUGGAAAUGGCCGAGGCCGGGGAGGAGGAUGAUUUUGACUAUCCGUCGACCAUCACGGAGGAUGAUGAGGAGUAUAAGCGGAUAAGGUGCUGGAAUUGUGGGAAGAUGGAGGGCGAAGAUGGGGUGACGUUGAAGAGGUGCUUGCGGUGUCUUGAGGCGAGGUACUGCUCGUCGCAGUGUCAGAAGAAGGACUGGAAGAAGCAUAAGAUGGAAUGUGAGGAGGCCGACGUGUAUCAUCAAGAAGAACAGCAGCAGCAGGCUCAGCCUCAGCCUCAGCAGUCAUCGUGA